AUGCUGGGUGGUCAAGGUUCGUCCACGUCCUCUGCUCAUGAUGACCCUUUUAAACUUCUACUAGGAGGCGGGCGUGAGAAGAGUAGCAUGUUGCAUAUGGUAGCAAUCCCAUUUAGGGAGGUGGCAAAUCAGGCAGUUUACACCUGGCUCUUGAAGGGACGCGACAUGCUUGAUGAGCUCAAAGUUCGAGGUCGAGGGAUAUUUGCACGUUUCUACCGCUAUAGUGCGCGAGGUCCACGUGUCGUGUUUUUAUUGGGCGAACUGGCUCAGUGUAUGCCGAGUGUCAACAUGACCUUCUAG